AUGCUUGAAAACUCUACAAGACGCGCUAUGCGUGUAGUCGGGCGUCCCGUACGAUUCCAGCCUCGGACUCGCGUUUCAAAUCGUCGCUUCCAAUCAACCAGCUCCGGUUCUGCCCCAUCUGGUGGUAACUCGGCUCUAGUCGGUGGUAUAGCAGGUGGUGCUUUCGCUUUUACGGCUGGGUACGCAUGGUACUACUUCUCCGGCGCGAAGACACUCAUCGAUUCAAACACGCAAGCGAAGCAAUACAUCCACCAAGCCAAACAAAAAUUUUCGGAGGCCGCGCCCGAGCCGAAUGAAGCUUACUCAUGGUUGAAAAAGACUGUCAAUCGAUACGCCGUCUUUAUUCCCGGUGCCCGCGAAUACGUCGAUACUGCCUUCAAGGAUCUCGAGACAAUCAGAGAUAAACACGGGAAGGAAUUCGACGAGGUGGUCAAAGAUGCAUACAACGAGCUGAAGGACCUUUCCAAGGACAAUGGGUUCAAUACAGAUACGGCAUUUCAGGCAUUUUAUAUCUUACAGAAGCAUAUGAAUCGCCUGUUGGACCUUGCUGGUGAUGCUGGCGAGGACAUCCUAAACAAUCACCCUCAGGUCAAGGAAAAGGUCGGCGGUAGCAUUGACCAGCUCAAGGAAAUGGGCGAAUCAUACGGGCCGCAGGCGAAGGAAGAGGUGAACAAGAUCUGGAGCCAGAUAUCCGAUAUCGUGAAGGGCGGCCCAAGUCUAAAUACUGCUGCUGAGAUCAAGAAAUUGAUCGAUGAGAAGAGAGAGAAGCUGCAGAAGCUUGGUGAGGAAGCUUGGCAGAAGGGGCUCGACGAGUCCCGAAAAUACCUCGAGAAGAACGACAAAUUGAAGAAGUUGGUCGAUGAGAACGCCGAAACCCUCAAAAAGGGCAAUUUCCAAGAUCUCUGGGGACUCCUCAAGGAGAGUGCCUCUUCCGGCAAGACUGAGGAUGUGGAAAAUUUCAUCAAGGAGAAGGUUGGUCAGGCGAAGCAAGGGGGUGGUGGCCUUGACAAGAUGGAAAAAUGGCUGAAGGCCGUACCGGGCGGGUCCAACAUUCUUCAGCAAUUACAAACCCUUCAAAACACUGCGGACAAGAAGGGCAAUGAGGCAGAGGGCGUCCUCAAGGAGACAUUUGAGGAGAUCGAGGAGGUAUUGAAGAAGAGAAAGGAGCAGGUUGAGAAGAUUGCCAAGGAGGCAGAGUCGGAAUCUUCAUAG